CCAUGAAGAUCAGCGGGGGCUUUCUCUUGCUGUUUGCCCUGGCUCAUGUCUGCCUAGCAUCCCGAGUUCCUGGUCAGAAUUUAGGGAAGGAGAACUGCAGCAUUUAUAAGAAGUUCCCAGUGUCGGCUAUUCCCUGCCCUGUUACAUAUUUCCCUGUGUGUGGUUCUGACUACGUGACUUAUGGCAAUGGAUGUCAUCUGUGCAUAGAGAACUUGAAAACAAAUGGAAAAGUGACUUACCUUCAUGAUGGACAUUGCUAACUCCCCCAUGAACCAGAGAAUAGAAAAAUGCUAACUUCAUCAUCUUCAUCACCAUCUGAACCACUUUGGUUCCCUGAUGUUUCCUGUAUGUGUGUGU